CUACCAUCUACUCUCUCAACAUCUCAUUGAACCAUGUCGAACCCCCCAAGUUACGAGCAAGCGACUGGCUUCCCUCCAGAGAAGCAACCACUGUACUCCGACGAUAAAUCAUCACAUACUCUCCAACCCAAGACACAGCCUGAGGAUGAAGCGCUACGUCUUCAAUUCCAACAGCUGAACGCACGAACACUGCAGGCGGGACACGACAACCAGCCCCGAUCACUUUCGCCCUCCCUCAAACCGACGGACAGUGACAACCGGCUACAAUCAUCACUCUCGCACGAUCUCACCAUAGCACCCUCUGUCUCCGCCUCACGACAUGGAAUGCCAUUGCCUGUUGUCAUUCCCCAAACUAGUAAAACCUGGAAGGGGGCAUUCUUUUCCCCAUUCGUUAGAGCGUAUGCUCCAGGGCUAGCAGAGCAUGGCAUCGACAAGGAAACGUUUGCCACCUUUAUUGACGGGCUCAACGAGGCGUUCGUGGCCCACCCCUUAUAUCAAGGGGCCAGCGUCGUCGGUGGCGUGAUGGGAAUGUUCUACGGUCUUGAUCCCGUGCAAUGGGCCGGCAUCGGAUUGCAAGUCGCCUCUGGAGUCGCAUCUGCCGCAACCUCAUAUGCGCGAACCAGGGCAUACGUCAAAGCGAUGAACGCGAAUCUCUUCCACCCGGCGGGACUUCAUCUCAACGUCCUUACAACGAAGAAGAUGGCGUCUAAAGUACACUACCCUCACGAGAAGCUGCAGCUGCCAGACAUCGAGCAGCAGCCGGAUGACCUCUCCCGUUAUUCAUCGAAGCAAGCCGCCAAGGCGAUGGCCGAGGAGAUGCCCGAUCGAGACGACCCGCGAGUGCGGCGAGUACGAGCCCUGGAGGGUUAUGUCCAGCCCCUUGACUUCGAUAUGCCACAGCAAGUGAAGCCCGAUAACUUCCUGCGGAAGAUGGGCGCCAAUCAAGCCGCGAGGAUGGAACGAAAGCAAUCCAGAAAAAUGACCAAAAAGCGAGCGAAGGCCUUUAAGAAAACGGCAGGCGCCGAGAGGAAGCAGCUCAAGGGUGAUCGGAAGGUUUCGAAGCUCCAGCAAGAGCUGGACCUGUUGGAAACGCAGGACAGUCAGCCCUCGGCGAGCAAGGAGGAGCUGAGAAGGAAGAUCGCUAAGGUGGAGGCAAAGAGGGAUAGGAAGGUGGCGAAGAAGACUGAGCGGUCGGGCGACGCUAUGGCAAAGGCCGAUCGCCGGGAGAGCAAGACGGCUCAGAAGGUGAGGUGGCUUGUGAUCAGUGAAUGGAGCGAAGCAGAGGAGCGGGAUGAGGAGCGGGAUGAGGAGGAUGAGUCGGAGUCGGACGACUCUGAAGGUCUGGAAGGCUUUGAAGGGUCGGACGAUGACAUUCCUGAUGAAGAGUGAUAAAGUAGAAA